AUGUCUCCUUCUACUACAGUGUCGAAGACACUUGCCUCUCCUCCUUCGGUCUCGAAACGGCCAACAACCUCGUUGCUUCCAGCGUUCGAGCCACUAUCCUCUUCGCCCGCUCUACCACGACCGCUCAAGCGAACUCGAGAUGCAUUUGAUGACCACGCGACCUAUCCUACACCAGCCCCCACUUCCUCUACAGCAAUAUUGUCUUCUUCACCAGCACGCGUAGUCAAGUCUAGACCGAGUCUUCCAAGAACUUCGUCCACCCUUGCCGAACGCACACCUUUGGGUGCCGUCCCCUCCAUCCAAUUAACAGCCGAUGGGAAAGUUACGCGUAUGGGCAGAUCGAGCGCCUCCUGCGACUACCAGUUCUCCUCGAACCGGCUGAUAUCCAGAGUGCAUGUCGAAGCCUGCUACAAGCCCGCGGGGUCGCGUCUGGAGCGGGACCGCGUCGAGAUUACGUGUUCCGGCUGGAAUGGUAUCAAGAUACAUUGCAAGGGUCAGGUCUACGAUGUCAAGAAAGGAGAGACGUUCUCCACGGAUGUUAGAAACUCAGAGAUUAUGAUUGACGUUCAUGACAGUCGUGUCGUGGUCGAGUGGCCUCCCAAGCCCCAGCUUGGUGCUUUCUCCUCAGAAGACGAGGAGGAGGAUUCCCCCAGCAAGCGGCAACGUGUCAUGUUACGCCAUUCAACACCACCGAGCCCAAGCCCAUUGCAAGCACGCAAAAGAUUAUCUUCUCCAAUCUCGCCAUCACCUGCCGUCCAGGCCGUAAUGCCGUCGUCACCGCCGCUUCCGCCAGCUGCUGUCGAAAUUUACGAGGAUCCUGAGCCAGCAGAGCAGCGCAGUGAAACAAUCAGUGCCGCCGAGGUAUCUCAGUCCACACAAGCGCUAUCUCAGAAUGCUGAACAUUCUGACGUCCCACAGAACAGUGCUUCGUUGUCUACUGACGACUUCUCUGAUAACGACGAGGAGAAUGACCCCAUCAUCCACUCUUUUGGACUCUUUGGUGCUAAUCUCCUGCCACGCAUGGCAUCGAUUUCUGCUGGCGAUUCGCCCGACCCUAGUUUGUCUAUCAACAGUGCUCGCUCUUCACAUACCGAGCCCUCUCCCACCAACGAUUUCUCUGCAUCAGCCAAAAAGGCGGGGUCAGAAAUUGAUGUCCAAAGUCACAUCAUCAACCAACUUGCAUUUUCACGACUAUCGUCCACUCCACUAUCGACUAUUCUGAGUCAUCUCCCACAUGAAGCCGGAGUACUGUCGAUCAAUCAGAUUAGGCAGCUGGUUAAAGACACAGCGUGCAUAGGUGAAGUCCGUAGAGAAGGGAAAGAUGCCGCAGGCAAACCACUAGAGAGCGAAUUCUACUACAUUCCCGAUGAAGACGAAGAUAUGCAAAGAAAAGCAGCUGUGGUCAACGAGCUGCGAAAGCCGGGGUUGAGAGCAUGCCGUAAGCAGCACAAGCAAUACUACUGGCGCAAACCGAAAUGA